CGGAUUCUCGACCAGCUCCCGUCUCUUGUGUUUGCGGUGUGUACUCGCCAAUGUGAAGUGACUUGUGAUUUUCCCCGCGGCUAACCGAACAAGAUAGCCACAAUGUCUGCUAUUUUAGCCCAACUCGGGGGUAAUCCCUUCAACACUCCUGUAGGCCAGAAAAUUGAACAAGCCACGGAUGCGUCAUUGGCUUCGGAGAACUGGGCUUUAAAUAUGGAGAUAUGCGACAUUAUAAAUGACACUGAUGAAGGGCCAAAGGAUGCGUUGCGUGCAGUUCGAAAACGAUUGCAGCAAAAUGCCGGCAAGAACUACACAGUGGUCAUGUAUAGCCUUACGGUCCUCGAAACCUGCGUGAAAAACUGUGGCAAGCGUUUCCACCUGCUUGUGUCGCAGAAAGACUUUGUGCAGGAACUCGUCAAGAUGAUCGGUCCAAAGAACGACCCUCCCACCGCAGUUCAGGAGAAAGUUCUGAGCCUCAUCCAAAGCUGGGCGGAUGCGUUCCGCACACAUCCCGACAUGCAGGGGGUUGUGCAAGUGUACACUGAUUUGCGCAACAAAGGCGUGGAGUUUCCUCCCACGGAUUUGGAUGCCAUGGCACCAAUAUACACUCCGCAGAGGAGUGUUCCACCAGCACUCCUGAACACGCAACCUCGUCCUGUCACGCGCCCCGUCGUCGUUCAGGAGGGUCCUCCAAGCCCUGUCCAGUUGUCUCCAGAGCAGUUGUCCAAGUUGAAGCACGAACUGGACAUGGUGCAGCGGAAUAUGACAGUCUUUGGGGACAUGCUGUCCCAGCUGACGCCGGGGCAGGAGCAGCGAAGUGAUUGGGAACUCAUGCAGGAGCUUCAGAAGACAUGUCACGCAAUGCAGACACGAAUUGUGGAAUUGGUUGACAAAGUAGCCAACGAGGAAGUGACGGGCGAGCUUCUGCGCCUCAACGACGAUCUCAACAACCUGUUCCUACGGUACGAGCGAUUUGAAAAGCGCCGAAUGGCUGUGCUCACUUCUCAACCCAAAGAGCCAAGUAGGCAAGCAGAGGGAGCCGGUGAAAAUGUGGCACCCCUCAUCGACCUCGGAGAGCCAGACGUUACCACCGAGCUUCAGAAUCUCGCAAUUGGUGGAGGCAGCACUGCCGUUGCACCAUCGUCUGCUGCGUCUGCAAACGCAGGAUCAAACCCAUCUACCAAGGGCGGAGUAGACGAGUUUGACAUGUUUGCGCAGUCGCGGCAUGCCUUCGAUCAAGGACGAUCAGGCAGCAGCACGUAUGCCGACAACACAAGCGGGGAUCAGCUCGGAGUCUCCUUGGGAGCACUCGCGCAGGUCAGAAGCCAAAAGAAGACAGAAGAGAAUGGAGAACCUGCUAUAGAGUACAAAGACAGGGACUUUGACGAGAUGGAGCAAUGGCUCAAGGAAAAGCCUGUGACGGAAACAUCUGGUCAAGAGUCCAUCACGAGCUCAGAGUUUGACAGGUUCCUAGCGGAGCGAGCAGCCGCGGCCGAACGACUGCCCAACGUCACGGCGACGACGGGCUCGUCUGCCGCCACGCAUUCAUCGCCCGCAGCCCACGCUGCUCCUCGGAACAGAAUGGAGAGAGAAGAAGCGGCGGAGAACAGCCUGUUCGCACUUUAGAUCGGAAUGGAGGAAAAAGGACUGUCGUCACGGCAACCCUCGUGAAAACAUUUCUUCUCCCUCGAGCGAGUCUUUGUCCCGUGCAUGGCGUCGUGACGUCUCCUUUGUCGGUUCUCCUCUUUUAGGUUGUACAUGUUUCAAGUGUCAUGUAGUCACGUGUUGAAUUUCCAGAGUUUACGGCAGAGAAAAACGCGUAGCAGGAAAACUUUGUUCCCACCCGUGAAGCCAGAACAUGAACCGUGGAGCUUGUUCGCAUAUUUAAGUGCAGUUCAAUUAAAUUGUGCCGUGCAGACAUGUACAUAACUUCGUUUGCGAUUGAACAUUUUAAAGCCAUAUUUACUCGGGUAGUCUCGCAGUAACCUUGUUUACGAGAAUAAAACAUGGUGCAGUAGCCUCGAUAAUGAAUAAGGGUUUGUGAACUGUGGUACUGAGUUGAAUAGGCACUUGCCUUGGAGGUGGCUGUUCCGGAACCGCUACAGGUGUCAAAUAACGAAUCUAUACCUGUGUUCAACCGAAGAACUACACAAAAUGUAGCUCAUUAACCCUAACAGAAAGUAUACUGCAGCGCCCCCUGGUGCUGCCUACAGGGCGCCUAUAGUUUUGGCGCACUGCGUGCAGUGACGUAAAGUGAUGCAGCUGGCUAAUUGCAGGCAUAUAUUGCCCAGCAGGAGGCCCACCCUACGCUUACUCAUGUAAUAAGCGUUAGGGCGGGCCUUUUGCUGCUCUUUAGAUUGAACACUACUAUAGUAAACAUGUAAGCAGUCAUGUGGAUUUUAGGUUAAUAUAAAGCGUAAUAAAAAGGGAAUUAAAUUCUCGUCUACGACACGAAGCGUACUGAACCAUUUACUAGAAUCUGAUAGUAAAGCUAAAUCACCUGCCCUGCCUUGUAAUAUACAUAUAUAUAUAUAUAUAUACAUAUAAAUAUAUUUAGAGUAAAUAUUUUGGUGUA